UGGAGCUCACAUAACAGCAGCUGAUGGGAGGAGUAAGUAAUGACAGCGAGCUUGUAAAACACGUUCCUGAAAGCGUCCGGUCCAGUCCAGUCGGAGCGGCGGCAGCAGCAGCAGCUGUGCUCCGCCUCGGCGCUCCUACCUGUUCGCUCCUACCUGUGCGCGUUUCCCUCUCAGGAAGCCGUUUUACUCGUUUUUAUUGCGGGGAGUCGCUGCUCAACAGGCGGAUAACCAGGAGAGUUUACGGAUGGAUGCUGCUGAGGGAGCCGCCCCGGGGAGCCGGCUGGAGAGGAGCGGCCACACGGCGUUCAUAGCAGACAACAACACGCUGUACGUGUGGGGAGGUUACCAGGUGGUUGCUGGAGAGGACGUCAUGUUGCCCAGCGAUGAGAUAUGGCUCUGCGAUUUGGAAAGCGGGACGUGGGAACGGAGGGAGAUCACCGGAGACAAACCACAAGACUUAUCAGGCUUCUGUGGCUCUCAUGUUAACAGCACGCUCUACAUCUUUGCAGGGUGCGACCCCCUUGGAUACACAAACCAGAUGUUCAGCGUCGACCUGACGGAGCAGCUCUACACGUGGAAGAGACUGACCGACACCAAGGGCACGACGCCGUCGCCGCGGAACAAGCACUCCUGCUGGGUGCACAGAGACAGAUUAAUUUACUUUGGUGGAUAUGGAUGUAAGACCAUCAGGGAGGUACGAAACACGUCAUCAUCGAGCUUCAUCGUUGAAGAGAUGUCCUGGACUGCAGUUGGAAAUGCGUUAUUCAGAUGCUGGGGCUGGAACAGUGAAGUCAAUGUUUUUGACACACAUACUGAUACGUGGAGCAUGCCGGAGACUCAGGGUCCUGUUCCCGCCCCCCGAGGCUGCCAUGCGAGUGCCCUUCUGGGGAACAAAGGUUACAUCUCCGGUGGUGUGGAAACAGCGGAAUUGGACCUGUUCUGCUUGGACCUGGAAACGUGGACCUGGACUCGAUUCUGCGACUCCUCGCAGUCCUGCACGCCUCUGGGCCGCUCCAUGUUCACCAUGACGCCCACGUCGGAUCACACGCUCUUCAUCUACGGAGGACUCGGCGCAGACGGAAAAACUCUGAACGAUGCCUGGCAGUUUAACACUCAAAAGAGAGAGUGGACCAAGAUGACGCACCCCCACCAGGACAAGCCCAGGGUGUGUCACUCGGCCUGUCUGGGAAGCGACAACGACGUUGUUGUCUUUGGGGGAAGCAGCAACAUGCGCAUCCUCAUGGAUUCGGUGGCUGUUCUGGUGGCUCCAUCGCAGCAUCACUGCAGAGACGUGUUCAUCUUUCAGACCCAGCCGUACUCCCUCUUCAGAUUGUGUGAGGACCUCAUAGGAAAAAACCCACAGCUGUUUGGAAAGCAGCUCAGCUGGCUGCCAUCGAAGCUACGUAGCAAAAUCGACAAGCGAGUGGCCUUUUUCUCUGCCGCGACGGCCGUUCUUACAGCUUGAAGAGGACGUUUUUAAGAUUCUGAGCCAAUCGGUUAUUAGACGACCGUCUUCUUCUUUCUUUUGUGUCUCUAUUGUCUUUUUGUGUGUUUAAUGAUUUAUUAAAAAAAAAAAACAUGCUAAAGUUUGUUUUAACUUAAACAUAAUUUAUAAAUAAAGUUGUUUUUGGCCUUAUUUUAAACACCUGGUUUAGAUUAGGUACAGUUUUACUCCUUGUAGUGAUGUGAUGUGCAAUCUGUUUUUGAAUAAAGGUAUCGACAUGUUGUA